CCGAGCCAGCCCCGGGUGUCGCUCCGGCGGCGGUCACGUGACAGGGCGGUGAUGCGACGGCUGUCUCCUUCCUCGUGCUGGCUCCUGCUGCAGACGGCAUCGCACCUGCUGCGCAACAGCCAGGCCGAAAUAAGCAGCUACACGGCCAAGGAAGAUGCAUUUAAAGGUUCAGAACAAGACUUUGAUUCGGUGAAGAAACUUGAAUUUAGUUCACCGAACAGAACAGUGCACGCACGAAAAUACAGCGACCUGUCGCACUGGGCGCAUCCACACUUCGACUACGGCGCUAAGCAUGGUCCCAGGGUGUGGUACCGCAUGUACCCGCCGUGCCGCGGCGCCGCGCAGAGCCCCGUGGACCUGGACACCAGCACCGCCCAAUCAGCGCACUCGCCGCGCAUGCUGUGGUGGGGGUACGCGCUGCGGCCCGCCGCCAUGACGCUGGCCAACAACGGGCACACGGUGGUGCUGACGGCGAGAUGGAACUCCUCGGAGGACGUGCCCUACGUGUGGGAGUCCCCCGGCGACGAGCAGUACUCCUUCGCGCAGCUGCACUUCCACUGGGGCGCCGACGACGACUCCGGCUCCGAGCACACCGUCAACAAGGAGAGGUUCCCCCUGGAGGCGCACCUGGUCCACUACCUACACUCCCUGGGCAGCCUGGAGAACGCCCUUCACUACGAGGCCGGAGUCCGGGUGGUGGGGAUGCUGUACCGGCUGUCGGAGCAGAGCAACCCGGCGCUGGAGCCGCUGGUGUCGGCGCUGGGCGCAGUGGCGCGCGCCGGCAGCUCGGCGGCGCUGCAGCCCUUCCCGCUGGGCGGCGUGCUGCGCAGCUUCUCGCGCCACUACCUGGCCUACAGCGGCUCGCUGACCACCCCGCCGUGCCUCGAGGUGGUCCGCUGGGCGCUCAGCACGGAGCCGCAGGGCGUGUCCCGCCGCCAGAUGUCAGCAUUCCGCUCUCUGCUGGACCACAAAGGCCUGCCGAUCCGAGAGAACUUCAGGCCACUGCAGCCCCUGAACAACCGACAGACGCUGCACAUCCGCUGA